AUGUCCCACGAUACUGCGUCCCACCAUACUGCAUCCCACUAUACCGCAUCCCACCGUACCGCAUCUGCCUGCAGCAGUCUUCGGGAAAGGACGGAUCUGACCAGCAGCACGACUGCCAGCCGCCCUGACGCUGCUUUUGGCAAGUCCAUAUCGCUGCCGAGAGAAGUGCUCGAAGCAACAGAGGUGAAUCUCUGGAGGGAAGAGGAGCAGCAGCUGAGGCACGGCUGUCCUUCUUCCCCCCUGCUAGCAGAGGGUGAGGAUGUGUCAACAGAGGAAGACGAUGAAGAGGAGGAGGAGGAGAAGGCAGUGGCAGCAAAGGCUCCAGCAUGGGGAGCAGAGGCAUGGGGUGCCGACAGCAGUUUCACGAGAAGCAGCAGCAGUAGUGCCGCUGGUGAUCAGGCCAGCUGUGCUCUGAUUGGCCACGUGUCAUCAGCAGCUGAAGCUGCUGACGUGGCAGCCGGGGCAGCAGCGAGAGUGAGAGCCAUGGCCCUGCAGGCAGCAAACGAGCUGGCUGAAAGUUACCGCUUUCCAGGAAGCUUCACCGCUCUUUCCCGACCUCCCACUGCUCCUUGUGCGCUCCUGGGACCUGGCAAUGCACGUGGGAAUAGACCUGGUGAUUUACCUGGUCGCCUCAAGUACGUGCCACAACGAGGUAGCAAUGGCUUCUCUGACUUGCAGUAUGGAGGGGAUUCAAUGGCGAAUGCUGUGUCAGACAGGAAUGCCGUGGCGCAUGCUGUAUCCGCAGUGUUGGACCUUAGCUCAGCCCUGUCACGUGCUUCUCCUCAACUCACGGCAUUAUUGCGUUGA